UCUCUGUCUCUCUCAACCAAUGGAGCUCAACACAGUAGAGAGAUAAAAACCUCCAUAGCAAACCAUAGCAGAGAAGAGCAGAGCUCACCACUCUCCUCUUCUUCAAAACCCCACCUCCCAAAAUCAAAUCUUUUCAACAAUGGCGGAAACCAAGAAAUACAUCAGCGCCGAGGAGCUCGCCAGCCACAACAAGCCCGGCGACCUCUGGAUCUCAAUCCAGGGCAAAAUCUACGACGUCUCCGAUUGGAUCAAAUCCCACCCCGGCGGCGACCUCCCCCUCCUCAACCUCGCCGGCCGCGACGCCACCGACGCAUUCGUCGCCUACCACCCCGCCCACGCCUGGUCCCACCUCGCCCCCUUCCACAACCACCUCCACCUCCAAAACUACGUCGUUUCCGAAGUCUCCAAGGACUACCGCAAACUCGUCCACGAAUUCACCAAAUUAGGCCUCUUCGACAAGAAGGGCCACAACGUGCUCUUCUCCCUCACCGCCAUCGCAAUGCUCUUCUCCCUCUGCCUCUACGGCGUCGUCUUCUGCCACGGCGCCCUCCUCCACGCCCUCUGCGGCGGCGCCAUGGGGUUUCUCUGGAUCCAGAGCGGCUGGCUCGGCCACGACUCCGGCCAUUACCAAAUCAUGCUCAACAGAAGCUCCAAUCGAUUCAUCCAGGUCCUCUCCGGCAACUGCCUCGCCGGAAUCAGCAUCGCGUGGUGGAAGCGCAACCACAACGCGCACCACAUUGCCUGCAACAGCCUCGACCACGAUCCGGAUCUUCAACACAUGCCCUUCUUCGCCGUUUCCCCCAAAUUCUUCAAUUCAAUUACCUCUCUAUACUACAAUCGGAAACUCGAAUUCGACAAAUUCGCCAGAUUCUUAAUCAGUAAGCAGCAUUUCACCUAUUAUCCGGUGAUGAGCUUAGCUCGAUUGAAUCUCUUCGCUCAAUCCUUCUUCUUGCUCUCCUCCAACAAGGAUGUCCCAAAUCGGGUGCAGGAAAUUCUAGGGUUACUAACAUUCUGGAUUUGGUAUCCUUUGCUAGUCUCAUUUCUCCCCAAUUGGAAGGAGAAAUUGAUGUUUGUUGCUUGCAGUUUUGUAGUUACAAGCAUUCAGCAUGUUCAAUUCACAUUGAAUCAUUUCUCUGCAAAUGUGUAUGUUGGACUGCCGAAGGGGAAUGAUUGGUUCGAGAAGCAGACGUAUGGCACGCUGAACAUCAGCUGCCCGCCGUGGAUGGAUUGGUUCCACGGCGGCCUGCAGUUCCAAAUCGAGCACCACUUGUUCCCGCGCCUGCCACGGAGCCAGCUCCGUGGGGUGGCGCCCUUUGUGAAGGAGCUGUGCAAGAAGCACGGCUUGCCCUACAACUGCGCCACGUUCUGGGGCGCGAAUGUGAUGACGCUGAGGACGCUGAGGGCGGCCGCGAUGCAGGCCAGGGACUAUAGCAAGCCGGCCCCGAGGAAUUUGGUGUGGGAGGCUGUGAACUCUAUUGGUUAGGGUUAGGUUUAUUGUUAUUAUUUUUUUGCUUUGGUUGUGUUUUGAAGUAUUCAUCUUGUUGAGAGGCUAAAAGGCAUCAUUUUGAUUGUGGUGUUUGGUGUCUCUUUGGAUGCAAGGAGAAAUCAUAUCUUUGUUUUUUGUUUUUGCUUUAACAUGUUUUGGUUAUCAACUAAAUCUUGUUCUUGGU